AUGGCUGAAACGAAUAAACGACCCUUCCAGAUUCAAGCAAUAAAUCGUCGGUUCGUGCCAUUUGACUCAGAAAAAGAAAAGGAAUGGAAAGGUUCAUUCUUCUUUGUCCAAGGUGCUGAUUGCCAACCGGGUUUAACGUACCAAUGGUCAGGCAAAAUAAGAAAAACGUAUACCCCUGAUGCGCCGAUAAAUUGGGAUGUCGAAAUUGAAGCGACUCGCGCAAUUAUCAAAAAGCUAAAUGAAAUGGAACCGAAACCGAAGUUUUUCAUUGUUUGCGGUGAUAUUGUUGAUGCAUAUGAUUUCGAAGAACCGUUUCGAACACGUCAAGAAAAAGAUAUAAAAGAAGUUCUCGCCGAAUUGGAUCCAUCAAUUCCAUUAGUAUGUGUCUGUGGAAACCAUGAUGUUGGCGAUGAACCAACGCGUUCAAGUAUUCAGCGUUAUGUUGAUAAUUUCGGCGACGAUUAUUUCGACUUUUACUGCUCUGGUGUGCAUUGUAUCGUGUUGAAUUCGCAAUUUUACGCUCAUUCAGCAAAUGUCGAAGAUCUAAAAUCUCAACAUGAGCAAUGGCUCGAUCGAGUUCUAAAAGAUCACUCAGCCAAACAUACGAUUAUCUUUCAACACAUACCAUGGUUUUUACGAACAUACGAUGAGGACAAGGAUUACUUCAAUAUCGAAAUCAAUACACGAUUGCAAAUGUUGGAAAAAUUUCAUUCGUCUGGCGUGAAAAAGAUCUUCUGUGGACACUACCAUCGCAAUGCUGGAGGAUCGUAUAAAUCUAUGGAACAAAUUGUUACUAGUGCGAUUGGUCUUCAAUUAGGCGUAGACAAAUCAGGUGUGCGACUAGUGCGUGUUACAGAAGAUGACAUUGAACAUCAAUAUUUUGCAACGGAUGAUAUUCCUGCGAAUUUUCUGUGA